GUUUAAUGCACCAUGCGGUGUCCGGACUUCAGUCAGUGAGCGGAAGCGCUCUCAGUGGUUAGGAGUGAGUUACGUGCUGGAAAUAAGUAAGCAUCGGCUCUGCUUGUUUAUAUUACAUAAAAGUAAGAAAGAAGUACUAUUUUUCCCCACUGACAGCUACUGAGAGACAGAUUCCAGGAUGCGGCACUGUUGCUGAACCUCUCAGCAGCAUCUGUCCCUCCGCGCGGACCUGACGGGGGACGACGCACAAGGACAAAAAUGCCACAACGGGAAUCACUAACUCUCUGCUCUCUGGGACUGGGAGAAAGCCAAAUGAUCGCCCGUUAAAAAUUCACUUUGGAUACUACCUUAUCACACAUCUGGAUUUUUUUUCUCCCCCUUAUAGAGUGUUUUUCCUGAGAGUUUUGCAUCCUGAGAACGGUGACUCACUGCAGAAGGCGAGCCGCUGCAUUCUAAUCACACAGCGGAGAGGACUUCAGCUCAUUGACAUUACAGUCAUACUUUGAAGCAACCCCCCCCCCCCCCCUUCCUUUUUUUUAAUUUAUUUAUUUUUUAAUAUCCAUUGCGCUGCAUCGUAGCCUGCGUAUGCACCGGGGGUUUGUGGCUUUUCCUUACUGCACCGAGGAUACGGGUGGUACCUGCUGAAGUGGUUAUAGGGGAUAAAACUCUCCCUGAAACCCGCUGGAACUGACUGUUUUGAUUUGAACUGUUAUAUUUCUGACCUAAAGGAGCAGUUUCUACCGGUGGUUCGAGUGAAUACUUACGAUGAGUAUUCUGUUUGGAGACUGGAUCGCGAUUAUUGUUCAGAUGAGUCUGGGUGCUCAGCUGAAUAUAAAUUAGGUGUUCAGCACCACAUAUUGCUUGCAGGGGAGGAGAGCAACAAAGCCAAGACAAUCUACAAAGACAAAUGUCAAGGCCUCACAUGAUGAACAGGACUCUUUAUUUGAUCCGAAAUAAUAGAAAUACCAAAUCUGAAAAAAAUAUCAACAGGUCAUAGGAAGUGUAACCACAGGACAGAUAUCAGCAGCUUUUACUGAGUGGAGAUGCAUCUUUCUAUUUUCUUUUUCCUCCUCUUGUGGGCUCAAGCCCUGACAUUGAAAAACUUGAAUUACUCUGUCCCGGAGGAACAGGGUCCAGGAACAGUGAUUGGGAAUAUUGCCAAAGAUGCCAGGCUUGGACUUGAUCAAACUGGGCAGGGAGGACAGGGUAAGAAAGCCAACUUCAGGGUGUUGGAGAACUCAGCCCCUCAUCUCAUCGAUGUGGAUCCUCAAAGUGGACUGCUGUACACAAAGCAGCGCAUCGACAGGGAAACAUUGUGUAAGAGAAACCCCAAGUGCCAGCUUUCUAUGGAGGUAUUUGCCAAUGACAAGGAGAUAUGUAUGAUAAAAAUAGACAUUCAGGACAUUAAUGACAACUCACCUGCUUUCCCCUCGGAUCAGAUUGAUAUUGACAUUUCUGAAAAUGCAGUCCCUGGGACGCGUUUUCCCCUGACCAGUGCACAUGACCCAGAUGCGGGGGAAAAUGGCCUGAAAACCUAUCAAAUAACACGCGAUGACUACAAUCUCUUUUCCUUGGAGGUUAAGUCCCGAGGAGACGGGACCAAAUUCCCAGAAUUAGUUAUUCAGCGACCAUUGGACCGAGAAGAACGAAGCCAUCACACCCUUAUUCUAUCAGCGACUGAUGGCGGGGAAUAUCCUAGGUCUGGAACCAUGCAGAUAAAUGUCAAAGUUAUUGAUUCCAAUGACAACAGCCCCAUCUUUGAUCAGCCCUCGUAUGUUGUGGAAAUUCCUGAAAAUUCACCUCCUGGAAAAGUCUUGAUUGAUUUAAAUGCCACUGAUCCUGAUGAGGGAAACAACGGUCAAGUAGUCUAUUCCUUUAGUGGCUAUGCCCCAGAGAGAAUACGGGAGCUCUUCUCCAUAGAUUCAAGAACAGGGGUCAUAAAGAUUCAGGGUGAAAUUGACUACGAAGAGAACCCAGUUAUUGAGAUUGACGUCCAGGCAAAGGAUCUGGGUCCCAAUCCAAUCCCAGGCCAUUGUAAAGUCACUGUUAAAGUGCUUGACAGGAAUGAUAAUUGGCCAUCUAUAGGCUUUGUGUCUGUCAGACAAGGAGCCAUCAGUGAAGCAGCACCCCCAAGCACUGUCAUUGCUCUUGUGCGUGUCACGGACAAGGACUCAGGAAGAAAUGGACAGCUUCAGUGCAGAGUGCUAGGUAAUGUCCCUUUUAAACUUGAGGAGAACUAUGAUAACUUCUACACAGUGGUGACGGACAGGCCACUGGACAGGGAGGUGCAGGAUGAGUACAAUGUCACCAUUGUGGCUAAAGACAAUGGUAAUCCUCCCCUAAACUCCACAAAAUCUUUCACUGUCAAGAUUUUGGAUGAAAAUGACAAUGUGCCCCGGUUCAGCAAGUCAGUGUAUCUUCUUCAGAUUCCUGAGAACAACAUCCCUGGAGAGUACCUAGGUUCAGUUUUGGCACACGACCCAGACCUUGGUCAGAACGGCACAGUGUACUACAGUAUUAUUAACUCCAAUGUGAGUGGGGGUGAUGUCAACACCUAUGUGAAUGUUAAUGCAGCUAAUGGAGCCAUCUACGCUGUAAGAUCUUUUAACUAUGAGCAAAUAAAGUAUUUUGACUUCAAGGUUCUUGCUAAAGAUGCAGGAUCUCCACAUCUAGAGAGUAACGCUACAGUGCGCAUUAGUGUUCUGGAUGUCAAUGACAACAUCCCAGUCAUAGUUUUGCCACUUCUCCAAAAUGACACAGCUGAAAUCCAUGUUCCCCGAAAUGUUGGUGUUGGUUACAUUGUUACCACAGUGAGGGCAGUGGAUAAUGACUACGGCGAGAGUGGAAGGCUCACAUAUGAGAUCUCAGAUGGCAAUGAUGAACACCUCUUUGAGAUUGAUCCUAUUACAGGGGAGGUGCGAACAGCCCACCCAUUCUGGGAGGAUGUAAACCCCAAUGUGGAGCUGAUCAUUCGAGUGUCAGACCAUGGCAAGCCAACUCUAACUGCUUCUGCCAGACUCAUCAUCAAGGCGUCCAAUGGACGUCCUCCAGAUGGACUGCCACACAUAGAAGACAGCCAGAACUGGGACAUGUCUCUUCCUCUUAUUAUAACUCUCAGCAUCAUAUCUAUCAUGCUUUUGGCUGCCAUGGUGACCAUAGCAAUCAAGUGCAAGCGGGAAAACAAAGAGAUCCGCACCUACAAUUGUCGCAUUGCUGAAUACUCGCACCCUCAGCUGGGGAAAGGCAAGAAGAAGAAGAUUAACAAGAACGACAUCAUGCUGGUGCAGAGCGAGGUGGAGGAGCGGGAUGCCAUGAAUGUGAUGAAUGUGGUAAGCAGCCCUUCCUUGGCCACCUCUCCCAUGUACUUUGACUACCAGACACGCCUGCCACUCAGCUCACCAAGGUCAGAGGUUAUGUACCUCAAGCCCACUGCCAAUAACCUCAGCGUGCCCCAAGGCCACAUGGGAUGCCACACCAGCUUCACAGGCCCAGUCACCAGCACUACAGACACACCUACUAACCGCAUGUCCAUCAUACAGACGGAUAAUUUCCCCACUGAGCCUAAUUAUAUGGGUAGCAGACAACAGUUUGUUCAAAGUAGUUCAACAUUCAAAGACCCGGAGCGAGCAAGCCUCAGGGACAGUGGUCAUGGUGACAGCGACCAGGCUGACAGUGACCAAGACACCAACAAAGGCUCCUGCUGUGAUAUGUCUGCAAAAGAAGCCCUCAAGUUGAAGGCCGUGGGUGUGAAACCACCACCUUUGGAGCAAGAUGAGGAUUGUGUGAAUUGCACAGAAGAGUGCAGAGUGCUGGGUCAUUCUGACCGCUGCUGGAUGCCUCAGUUCCCGGCGGGUGGAAACCAAGCAGAGGGUAUUGACUACCGCAACAAUAUGUUCGUGCCAGCGGGGAUGGAGACUGUUCCUGAGACUGAGACCUAUGAGACUGUCAACCCCAAUGGCAAGAAAACAUUCUGCACUUUUGGCAAAGAGAGACGUGACCAUACCAUCCUGGUUGCCAACGUAAAGCCCUACCUGAAAGCGAAACGGGCCCUGAGCCCGCUGCUCCAAGAGGUACCUUCAGCCUCCAGCAGUCCCAGCAAGGGCUGCUCCACCAUGUCUCCCUGCUCCUCGGUCAAAAGCCCAGCAGACGGGGCUGAGGGCAAACCUCCUCCUGCCUCCUGCUCUGGCCACUACGGGCCUCCUGAUGGUCAGUACCUGUCCCCGACCAAACAAACCAGAGACCAGGGGAUUUACCCGUCCUUGCCUCCCUCAGACCCGGUGGCCAAGGUGCUCGCGGAGGCCCGCUCGCGGAUCAGUCAGGAGGCGGCCGGUGAAAUGGAGUGUGUCCUGGAGCAGGUGGAGCCAGACGCAAGCCGGGACGGAAUGGACGCUGACCAGGUGGUGAGAGACAUCGACAAACUCUUACAGGACUGCAGAGGAAAGGAAGCCAGCGGCACACUGAGAAAGUGACACAAAGGACUGCAAGAAUAACGAAGUAGGAAGGUAGAGAGAGGGGUAGGAUUCUACUCCAAAAACUCUCAUGCCAAAACUGUCACCAAAACAAAGUUAAAAGGUUAAAUGGCUCUUAUAAAUGGGGCUCUUUUUCCCUGUAUUUGUUGUAGAAAAGUACCAACACUGGACUAUCAGACAUUUGCUUUAUGUCAGUCACAUGGCACCAGUUUCGGUGCUAAGUAACCCUACCAACAAAAAGAAACUGACAUCUGACUUCUACUGAAUUUAUAGACAUUUUGUUUUGAAUUCUUAAGCAAAUUGCAUAGGUUUAAUACCUCUGGCACCUCGCAAGCUCUUAUCUAAGUGCCCACCAGCUCAUAUGUGUGUUGUUCAUGGUCCUUCGUGAAAUCCUACAUAUCUCCGUGUGUGUAGGUGAAUUUCUGUUACGUGUUAUGGACAUUGAAACCGAAUUGGAAAGGGACUAUUUAUGGUCAGACGCGACAAUCGAUGCGGUGACAGAGAGAUGGAAUGCUAAUGUGUCCGGGACAGUGAAUGACUGAAAUACACCUUUUCUUUUUUUGAAUUUAAUACACUGUAGGUGUUCAACGUGCAAUGGAUUCUGUACCAGAAGAGAUUGGUAACUCCCGGAGGGUGGGUGGGUGGUGGGUGGGGGGGUUAUUGUGUACGGCCAGGAGUUGGAGCUGCUUCACUGCUCCACUGAAGGAGAAAUAUUAACAGUGUAACCAUGUUUCAUCUGUCAUUUGUAACAACAUGUGUAAGCUGUGUCUGUCUCACGCAUCUAUUUAAACGUCCAUGUUGCUGAGUAAUGUCGUCGCACACAUCAACUUUACACAGGUGCACUACACCUUGCGGAUACAGAAGCUGACACACACUUGCCCCUAUGGCCCACCACACGCAAACACACACAAAACGCAUACGAGAGUGCUCACACACAACUCUCUAUCUGUGGAACUGUCGUCUACAUGUACAUCAUCAGCUUUUAGUCCCUCGUGUACAGUGAGUUAUCAUGUGUGUGGCGAUGCCUUAAGGCGAUCACAAGUUGUAUAAAAAGGGACAUUUUUGAUCGACUGUGAAAAAAUGAUAUCUAUAUGAUAAUAUGGAUGACUGUAUGUAUGAAUCAGUGUAUAGUGUCCAAAUAUAAACAGAAUAUUCAUACAUUUUAUAAGGAAAAAAAAAGAAAAGAAAUGAGUAAUCUCAGCAAAAAAGUGUCCUGGAGUUGAGGCCAAGUUCAGCGUGUUAACUCAAAGAACUGCAAAAGGACACUGCCAUUGUUUUAAAGACCAAUAUCCAAAAAUAUGAAGAAACAAAAUGUCCCUUCACAUUAUCACUAUACAUAAUAUCAUUAUAUGUGUAUAUGUAUUCAAUUUAGAUGUGUUUACAUCAAAAAUCUGACAUAUUUUUUAUUGAUUUUACUGCAAUUUCUGUGCAUUUGAGCCAAAUUGUUAUGUGUACAAAAGCUAUAUUGUGUAUUUUAUUAAAUUAAUAUAUUGUUGUGUUGCAAUAUACAUGGGCUUAUAUUGUAUUUGGCAAAAGUUGCCUUAGUAGCUGUCGAACUCUGUGAGUUUGCUUUAGUUUGGGUUUUGUUGGUGUUUCUUCUUUCAUGUCUAUUAUGCAUCUCUGCAGGCUGGCUUCAGUGCUUUUGAGAUGUCGCCUCCUUUUACCCCACGAGAUCCAGCUGGAUCAAAUACAAUAACUGUUGAAAGCUUAAUGAGCCAGCUGAUAUCUAGAAUACAAUUCAACCCAAUAACAAAAAGCAACAACCACAAGCAAACAAUUUGAAUAUUUUUACUGAGCAGAUUUUUACAGGGCAGCUAUUUUCUUUAACAAUAACUAGUCUGUGUAUUUUCUGUUCCAAAUGUUUUUACUUUCCUUCCAAAAAAGACAAAAAAGGGAAAAAAAGAAACCUGCCAUAUGAAAAGUGGAUUGAUUUCCUUGGUGAUCAUAAAACUGCCUUACUGUCUCUGCAGAGAGCUUGUUGUAUCUGUGGAGCUUAGUGACUGCUUAUAAAGCCCUGGUCCACCAGAAUGUGCAUUUUCUAUAAAGGACCAAUACAGGUUCUUUUUUCAGCAGUCUGUGUUGUUAAUGUAUGUACUCCUUCUCAAUACAUGUUAAAAUUCUCAUACUUUGCAGAGAAAACUUGACAUCUCAAAUCCUAUCUGAAGUUAUUUGGAUUUGAUGUCUUAGCUGUUUAGAUACACGGUUUACAUGACCAAGUGUCUUCGCAUUCAGGCUUUCUUAAAAUGAGAGAAAAAAAAACAGAUACAGACAUUUAUUUUUGAAAAUUUUGGCACGCUCCAGCCGUUCUCGAAAACAAUAGCGGGAGGUGUUUUUUUCUAAUGAUCUCUGACAAUUAAAAUACAAAGAAAAGUAGGAUACUAGACUCGAUGUGUUUUGGAAAAUGUGACCACAAUCACCAAAUGUAACGCGCAGCCAUGAGAGGGAACAGUGACUGGUGUCUGUGUGGCAUCCGUACUGGACUGAACUGGAAUUUCGACAGCAGAUAUAACACAUUGUCUCCCGUACUCAUCAUAUCUGAGUCAUUUGAGAUUUCAGUUCCUGCUUCUUUUUUCCUUAUUGUGGUGCAUGUUUGGGGUAUCUUCUUUCAGUGUUCCAUUCUGUAUUUUAUAGGCUUCUUUUUUGUAUUUUGUUAGUCAUUUCCUAACUUCUCUUUGGUACAACUGUUUACUUUCUUGCCUCUAAGGGGAAAAGUAACUGUUGGAUUUUCUCCUCUCUUUCAUCUGGAAAGUAUUUGGUUUAGGUUUACCCUCGCUCUUUUCCUGGGAGAUGGCAGAGGCUGUUUUUAGAGAAGGCUUGGAGGCUUUGACUUAGUAGGAAAAUAUUUAUGGUUCUUUUAAAAUGGGAUUUUUUUAUUUUUUUGUUACAUUUUAGAUAUCUUGAUGAAUCAACCAAGCCUCACAUUCACAUCCUACAAACAGUACAAACACUUAAAGUAAGCUGCUCGAAGUGCGCAUUCAGCUUUGAUCCAGACAGAAGUGCCGUGGCACACACUCACAAAAACACUGAGGCAUUUCAGCAACACACUGCCUUUCAUUUAAAUUCAUAACCAGUGAAAAUAAAAUAAAGGCUGAAAGAGAGGGCAAAACUCUACUUCAUUCUAUCAAUUUAUUGUCCCCACGAAGUUACUGAGACAAACGUGUCUGAGUGUGUGUGCUUGUGUGUUUGAGUCCCCUUCAUGUCCUCUUUGUUUUUAAUAAAUAAUUCCUUUCUUCUUCAAUUUCUGUUACCCACAGAUUUAAUUCCAAGUCGCAUUAAACCUCUAUUUCUA